UUGUGCUGCUCAAACCAAAAAAAACAAAAAACAAAAAACAAAACAAUGGAGGGUAAUUUGGGAAAAGAGAAUCUAAAACGGUAGUAGAAAGAAACGGUCUGGGUGUGGGGUAUGGCCACCGCAGAAGGCGUAGGCUGAAACCUCGGCCCCAAAUAUAAAAGCUCUAGGCCAUUUCUCAACUUCCCCUUAUCUUCAUCGUUGGUUUGCUAUUUCUUCCGCUCUCCUUGUUUCUGGUGUGAAUUGAAUCCCGCGCCCAGCCCCAACCAUGAAGGCCACCGAAUACCCGAGCUCCUUCCUUGGCCGCAUCAGCAUCCGCCGCAACCAGGUCAUGUCCAUGGACGGCACCCACGAGCAGGAGCUCGAGGAUCUCGAGCUCUUCCAGAAGCACGUCUCCGAGCGCUUCUCCGACCUCCUCCCCCCGCCCCCCUCCGACGACCUCUCCUCCGACCCUCUCCUCUCCGUCGCCUGGCUCCGCCGUCUCCUCGACGAGUUCCUCUGCUGCGAGGCCCAAUUCAAGGCCCUCCUCAUCAUGGGCCGCGACCCUUCCCAGAUCGUCAAGCCCCCCCUCGAUCGCCUCGUCCCCGAGUUCCUCGAUCGCGUCGUCAAAGCCCUAGAUAUCUGCAAUGCCGUCCUCCACGGGAUCGAAUCCGUCCGUCAGUUCCAGAAAUUGGCCGAGAUCGCCAUCUCCGCUCUCCACCAGCGCCCGAUUGGGGACGGUCAGGUCAAGCGCGCGCGUAGGGCCUUGAAUUCCUUGAUUACUUCCAUGGCCGUCGAGGACAAGGAUUUCACCACUAAAUCCACCGAGCGGGCUUGGUCCUUCGGCCGCCGCGGCGGGGGCGGCCCCGGCCCCGCCACCGGCAACGCCACGCCGCAGCAUAAAGACCGGAUCGCCGGCCAGUUUCGGUCGCUGUCUUGGAGUAUGGCCAAGGGUUGGUCCGCGGCCAAGCAGAUUCAGGCGAUGUCGUCCAAUCUCGCGGCGCCACGCGGCGGGGAGUCGUCCAGUUUGCCGCAGACGGUUUAUUUGAUGAGUACGGUUUUGGUGUUCGUAAUGUGGACUCUGGUGGCGGCGAUGCCGUGCCAGGAGAGGGGCGGCCUGCCGACGAACUUUCCGGUGUCGAAGCAGAUGAGUUGGGCGCAACCGAUGAUCGGACUGCAGGAGAAAAUCGCGGAGGAGUGGAAGAAGAAAGAGAAGAAGGGGACUGCUGGGUUGUUGGAGGAGAUGCAGAGGAUGGAGAAACUGAGUCAGUCGCUGAUCGAAUUCACCGAUUCCUUCGCGUUCCCGCUGGAGGCGGAGCGGCUGGAGGAGGUGGCGGCGCAGGUGGCGGAGCUGGCGGAGACCUGCAAGAAACUGGAGGAAGGAUUGGUGCCAUUACAGCAGCAAAUCAGAGAAGUAUUCCAUAGGGUCGUCAGAAGCAGGACGGAGAUUCUGGAGCUUUUGGACAUUACUGCAAAAGCAUCUUCCCCAAUUGUGUAAAAACAAAGAAGCCAUCCACACGCCAUGAUCAACUGCCAAAGGAUCCUCAAAAUACCAAAAAACAGAAUCACAGAAAAGAAGAAAUUGCAACUUUUUUCUUGAAGCAAUCAAUAUCUGUGGGAUGAUCCCAUGUCGGAGUUGGUGGCGCCCAUGUAGAUUUUGUAAGACUUUUUUUUUUCUUUCUUUUUUUGGGUCAUUUCUUUACUAAUGUUUUCUCUUUUUUUGGGUGUUAGAAGAAAGAUUAAAGUAAUCUGCAGGUGUAAUUGUGAUAAGUAUAUGCUCUUGCUGAAAUUGAAAUACCUAAUUUCUUUUA